CCCGACGAUCGUGUAAAGGCUUUCCUCAUUACGUCGUCUAAUUAGCGUUAUACGCUUCACUGGGUGCAUGCGCGCGUCUAAGACCAUCGCCACACAGGGAAGUGUCAUUUUUUCCCCAGAAUCCAGCUAUGUAGGUUCUUCAGUAUCAGACGCGACGCGACGCGCAUCGGUUUAUCGAUAGACGUGAAAUUUUCAUUGGUUAUCCGCAAAAUAAAAAAUUGCUCAGUGUUUUUUUCUCUCUUAAUUAAAACUAAAAAAGAAAACAAACUUGCUUUUUUUAUUGUGAAGAAAUCGAGAAAUUCUCCUCAAUGUUAGAAUGAAACAGAUUUCACUGGAAAUAGGAUACAUGCGUUAUAAUGAGGUAUCAAUAUCUUUGGACCCUCUUCGGGGAGAAUAUGACAUCGAGAAGGCAUGCACAUUGCUCGUGAUCAGACGAAAUGGAAUUUACAGCUGAAUGUUUAUUAUAACUUGACUGCCCUCGACAAAUGCCUAGUACGUCGAACGUGAGUCGAUUUCAAAUACCACUGCUGCACAUCGAAAUCGUGAGAAACUCACAAAAUGGAACUUUUUACUCACAUGAGGUGCAACAUAAUUGCUUUCGAACGUUUCUUUCAACAAAAGAGAAUACUCCAUAUUUCAGUCAUACGCAAUCGCAUUAUUAUCAUGCAAAAAAGGUUUUAACUAAAAAAUAGCGAUUUCAAUUUUACUUAAAUUUACUUUUCUGUUAGAAAAUUAUUAUUGAAUAAUUAAUAAAAAAUCGCACAAAUAAAGAGCAAAAAUUGUAUAAAAAAGUGAAACAAGAUUGUGAGUUUUCUGAUUGGCUCUCGAUAUAGGAAACGGGCGAAAAAUGGAUCGAUGUGUGUACUGAGCGAAAAGUCUUGUAAAAUGUCAGGAGGUUGAGGAAUAAUAUUAUGAUGGACCGAUCAUGGUGUGGCGAUAGGAGUGUAAACUAAUCAAAAUGAUCAACAUCUCAAAUAUAAGUGAACCCGAAAUUCGUAUUUGUCAAAUUCCGGACGAUUUUGAACUACUUGAGGAUCCACGAACGGCAGUCUUGAGAAGAAUUAGUUAUGGAAUUAUUCUUCCAACCAUAUGCUGUUUGGGAAUUAUUGGAAAUAUUUUGAAUCUCAUUGUACUCACCAGACGUAACAUGAGAGGAACUGCCUACAUUUACAUGAGAGGUUACUCAGCUGCAGCCUUGCUGGCCAUUUGUUUUUGCAUUCCUUUCGCUCUGAGGGUUUUGAUUCACAAGGAGACAGGUCGAUGGAGUAAUUGGCUGCAAGCUUUUUACCACGCGCACUUGGAACUAUUUUUAGGGAACGCUUGUCUGGGCGUCGGAGUAAUGAUGCUGUUGGCCUUGACUGUGGAGAGAUAUGUCAGUGUAUGUCAUCCUGGCCAAUACACUAGACCUUUGUGUGGACCACCUAAUUUGACGGUGGCUCUAAUACCAAUAGCUACAUUCCUUGUCUACAUACCCAGUGUGUUUAGGGGUGAAAUUACAACCUGUCUUCUAGAUGCAGGAGGGCCUUUUAUCUACCAGAAGAGAGAUAGCACUCAAUUUUUAAAUUCAGUCUUUUAUCAAGUGUACAAGAUCGUACUGGAGGUGGUAUUCAAGGUGGCUCCAACAAUUUUAUUAGCGGGAUUCAACCUACGAAUAAUGAUUGUCUAUAGGAAAUCUUGUGAACGUCGUCGAAGGAUGACUCUCUCGAGAACAAUAAGCAAUGAAGAGGAUUCUAGAACAUUUGCUGAAGAGAGAAGGCUGGUUCUUCUGUUAAGCAGUACAAGUAUCCUCUUCCUGGUCUGUGUUAGUCCAAUGGUCAUUUUGAACGUGACUCUCAGUGAAGGCAAUCUGAGCUUGUAUCCUUAUCAGGUAUUCAGGUCUCUGGCAAAUCUGUUGGAGGUGAUAAAUUACUCGAUAACCUUCUACAUCUACUGUCUCUUUUCGGAGGAUUUUCGAAAUACCCUGAUUCGCACUCUACAAUGGCCUUGGGGCAAAGGGGUCGUAAGAGGAAGGGGUGUACCCAUGAAGCGUUCUCCAAUACCAAGACCGACAACCACGACGACACCCCCGACAACCGCUCUAGCCACCCCCGGUCACAGUGCUCGUGCAAGUGUCUAGCAAGACCACACAGACAAAGAAAUAGAAAUCCAGGAAAUAAAGGAAUACUCGUUCAAAGUGUUUGCCAUCGUGUUCACUAGAUUUUCUAUAUUGGAACUGUGACAAUAUGCACAAAGGAAUCAAAUUUCUCAUAUUCAAGUAAAAUAUUUUUUUCAGUAACAAUGCGACCACAAUAAACCUGAACUUUACAACAAAUUAAAGUGACGUAAGACAAUCGAAAAUAAUUUCAUUUGCGCUAAAUUAAACUAUUAUUUUAUUCAUCGAUUUUUCCAAUAUCACAGACUCUUAUCAAUUCGUUGUUAUAUUUUAUAAUAAAUAAUUCGUUGUAAACAAGUUUAUUGUGUAGAAUUCAAGAGAUGAAAUGAACGAGAGAAAUGGUACUUGGAACACUCGUAGAGUGAAAUUAUUUUUCUUAAAGUUCUUAGUACCUGGAAACGUACAUUUUGAAUGCAAAAAUGAGAACGUAUUAUACACGGUGAGAAAGACAUUUCUAAUUCCUUAUUGUAUAAACAACAAUUAUUUAUUUAAAGUAAAAAAUAUCUCUUUGUGACAUUUUUAGAAUCCUCUUCCUUUUAAUGUAGGGAAUAUUGAAAUGGAUGCAUUCCUGGAUAAAGAAGACGGAAGAAAGUCGUUAAUAUUUUCCAUUUGAAGAAAUACUUCUAACUACUUGGUCACGCAGAAUUCUUUGAAAAUAUGUGUACAGAUGUGAUAUAUAAUUUACAUAAACAAAUAAAAAAAUAUACUUAUGAAAAUUAUAAAUAUAUAUAUAUAUAUAUUUCUUUGCAAAUUAAAUAUAAGUAUUUAAUAAUAAAACACAAUAUUCCUGAAA